CUUUCCGAUAGCCCAGCGUCAUAAUAGCCUUCGCCUCAGCCAUCCAUCCCCCUCCACCGCUAUUGCUCCUUCACGUUCCUCUACCCUUUCGCCAGCCCACCCUCAUCCCUCACACCUCACACGAUAUUUUGUGCCGAAUCAUUGCCAGGCUGCUCGGCGACGGCACCCACCCCCGGCUGGCCUAAUGCUCCUUCGACUUUAUCCCCUUCGGCAUCUCGUCCAAUCCCGCCGCGGCAAUAACGUAAACGCGUCUAGCUCGGAACCGGCAAACGUUACCACACUUAUUUGAGCAUUGCUGUCGAGGUACCGUCUCCACCAUGAUGGUGCCAAGGUCGUAUCCCUUCCUUCACCAACCUGCGCCCUCGCCCGAUCGCCGCCAGUCGAAGAAGAUGGGAGCAAGACCCGCGAGGACGGUCCCUGCUACCUCAAAUUCAGCGCGACCACAGCCCGCCGAGAAGCAGGAAACUAUGUGUAAUAUUGCGGUUCCCAAGCCGGUCACGCCUACACCCCCGGUGCACUCCAAACCUGUCGUCAUUCCGCCGCGAACACCGAUCAGGACCCUAACAUCGACACAGACUCAGACCGUGAGAGCAAGAGGCCAGAAUGGUGGCAGGAGUCAACGAGUACCCGCAAACCACAAAUCCGAUGCGAUCCCUCCCGCCGUAGCUGCCCUGUUGGCCGUCACGGAGAUACCACCAAUGCCGAAACGGCGUCGCAACUGGUCUACCAUGGACCGGAGUAUAUCUAUGGACGAGCUUAUUAAGGAGUGGAAGCAGGACGACACGGACCUGGCGUCUUCCGUCACUGGCUCGCCGUUGGAUCUGCUUUUGGGUCGCGUGGACGAAUAUGAGGAGGACUGUGUCAGUUUGCGCAGCCUGGAGCAAGAGAAGGACUUCCUGACAUGCCGGUCUAUAUCGAGUGACUCGAUAGCCUCUACUAUUCCGCCCUCUUUGGAGCCAGAUGCCCCGUCCAUCACUUCGACAUGGGACAAUCUCACCACUCCCGAUUCCUUUGGAAGAAGACUACCUGACCGAAGAGAGAGGAUUGUUCAGUCGCCGCCAAAAGAGGAAUGCAUUCUGGACCACCCUCUCCUACACUUUGACCCCGACGAGUGCGAAGAACUGGCCAAUCUGGAGAUUCCAGAUAUUGGUACCCCUUCACCCACUUCGACGGACAGAUUUAAAUCUUUCAAAUCUAACCUCACGGCUUCACUACAGGCCCUGAAGUCCGCCGCCAAAUCCUUUUCAAAUUUUACAGCGCCGAGUGUCCCUCCUGACGAUCUUCUAACGCGAUCACUUCUAUCACCCAAGUUCACCAGCGAAAUGCGACCAAAGCAAUUACAAGGGAUACCCUCACCGGCGCUUCGGCGGUAUCUCAACCCGCAAUCUACUCUCAUGGCACCAAUAUCGCCAACAGAACUAUCUAUGCAGCUCCACGACGCUUUCAUACUAGACGAGAAUAUCGACACAACCGCUCCUAUGAUCCAGAUGCAAACAUACGACCGACGCGGCCGCUCAUCAAGCCGGAAACGCAGAGGCUCAGAUCAGUUUUCCGAAGCCGGAAGGACCAUUUCACCUUCACCAGCUGUUCGCCAGCGUGAGCCCCGAGAAAAUAGUGACUUUCUACGUGUCAUUGUUCUCGAGAUGAACAUGCGCCGGGUCGGAAAGCUGGAUGCGAAAGCUGUCGGGAAAGCGCGCAUUUGGCUUCCGCCAAGGAAAACGGGCUCCAGUAAAGUUCCUUCCAUUCAUGGCGGCGUGCCGGGAAGGUGGACUGCGAUUUCGGCCGACGAGGAACUUUGAGUGAGACGCCAGAAGUCGUCAGCCGUUUAGGCUUGGGCUUGAACAGCGUGCUGUUCGCGUAAAGUCUUUUCCCCGAGUCGAACUGUACGUGUCGCACGACACUUGCAGAGCCAAACGUAGGUGUUCGAGGAAUCAGGAACCGCUAAAUGAGAUUUACGUCAGCGGAGGAUCCUGGCGUUAAUCGCGAGCUGAGCAUCUCCUCGGAAUCUGAACAGCGGACACUGCCAAGGCUGGUUCGGCGGCUCGCCCGCUCAGGACCAGACCGAG